UGGGCCGGACCGGACGCGCGACACAAAAGGCUCUCCAGGCAAGAGGGACUGUGGCCCUGCGACGGCGCGGCCCGGGGUUUGCUGCGCAUCGGGCUCGCUCGUCUGAUCGCUCCUGUCUGCUCAGCCCGAACCCCAGCGCCACCUCGCUCCUCACCCGGAGCACCGCGAUGGAGGUCCCGCCCCGGCUCUCCCAUGUGCCGCCGCCAUUGUUCCCCUCCGCUCCCGCGGCUCUCGCCUCCCGCAGCCUCUCCCAUUGGCGGCCGCGGGCGCCCCGGCAGCUCGCCCCGCUCCUCCCUUCGCUCGCUUCCAGCGCCUCCCGGCAGGGGGCGCGCCGGAGCCCGCGCCACGUCACCGCCCAGCAGCCCUCCCGAUUGGCGGGCGGGGCGGCUAUAAAGGGAGGGCGCAGGCGGCGGCCGGAUCUCUUCCGCCGCCAUUUUAAAUCCGGCUCCAUACAACGCUCCGCCGCCGCCGCUGCCGCCGCCGCCGGGACCCGCACUGCGCGCCAGCAACCCCUUGCCGACGGCUCCGCCACCAUGGAGGACAUGAACGAGUACAGCAACAUAGAGGAGUUCGCAGAGGGAUCCAAGAUCAACGCGAGCAAGAAUCAGCAGGAUGACGGUAAAAUGUUUAUUGGAGGCUUGAGCUGGGACACAAGCAAGAAAGAUCUGACUGAGUAUUUGUCUCGAUUUGGGGAAGUUGUAGACUGCACAAUUAAAACAGAUCCAGUCACUGGAAGAUCGAGAGGAUUUGGAUUUGUGCUUUUCAAAGAUGCUGCUAGUGUGGAUAAGGUUUUGGAACUGAAAGAACACAAACUGGAUGGCAAAUUGAUAGACCCCAAAAGGGCCAAAGCUUUAAAGGGAAAAGAACCCCCUAAAAAGGUUUUUGUGGGUGGAUUGAGUCCAGAUACUUCAGAAGAACAAAUCAAAGAAUAUUUUGGAGCCUUUGGAGAGAUAGAAAAUAUCGAGCUUCCCAUGGAUACAAAAACAAAUGAGAGAAGAGGAUUCUGUUUUAUCACAUAUACAGAUGAAGAGCCAGUAAAGAAAUUGUUAGAAAGCAGAUACCAUCAAAUAGGUUCUGGGAAGUGCGAAAUCAAAGUUGCACAACCCAAAGAGGUAUACAGGCAGCAACAGCAACAACAAAAAGGUGGACGAGGUGGGACGGCUGGUGGAAGAGGUGGUGCUAGGGGACGUGGAAGAGGUCAGGGCCAAAACUGGAACCAAGGAUUUAAUAACUAUUAUGAUCAAGGAUAUGGAAAUUAUAAUAGUGCCUAUGGUGGUGAUCAAAACUAUAGUGGCUAUGGCGGAUAUGAUUAUACUGGGUAUAACUAUGGGAACUAUGGAUAUGGACAGGGAUAUGCAGACUACAGCGGUCAACAGAGCACUUACGGCAAGGCAUCCCGAGGGGGUGGCAAUCACCAGAACAAUUACCAGCCCUACUGAGGAGGACCUGGGAGAAAGCAGGUGUGUGAGCUUACAAGGAAACAUUGGCAAUGUCUGAUUUCAUUUAAAGAUCAAUAGACAAAUGGAAAAGAGUAAACAAUAUAUGUAGUCUUUACUAAAUUGUAAAUUUGUAAUUGCUUUAUGAGCCUGUUUUGCCUAAAGUGUCUAUAGAUCUUUAACUUUAAAGUCUUACCUCACCUUUUUUAGAAUUACAGAAAAACUUAAGAGUUUUUCUGUUUGCUUUGUGUACCAGGAGGUUUAAACUUUUUUUAGAACUAUUAACAGGUAAAGUACUGAAAUGGGUACAACUUAAGGAAAACAAGAAUGUUGUCUUCUAACUCUGACAUUAUACCUUGUUUGUACCCGCCAGCGGGAACUUCAUUGCAGGCCGUGUGUCACCCUGACCACGUCUAUCUCUGGGGGUCGCACGUUGCGGGCAGAGCGCAAGGCAUACACCAGAAAAGGCUGUCCUGUGGUAUGGUCUCUUCCAACUUCAUGUACCAGCGUAAAGAUUAAAAGUGGAAACUUCAGACUUUGCUUCUUUUUAAUCUUUUUGGAGAUUAAGUGUCUAAACUUAACUUAAAUGGUUUUUUGCAGGAGUUAAAGUACAUAAAUGCCUUUUUACAGCUUAAUCAUUUUGGUCUUCUGUUUAGUGUUGUAUUUCAAUUGUGGAGCCUCAUUUUAAGUGUCCAUUCUUUAAGAUUUAAUGCUUGCUUUUUCUUUUUAUAGCUAAUAGUGAAAUCUACAAACCAAAACAAGAACUUUUAAAUCUGGGAUAUAAGUUAAAGAUCAUAUGCACAAAGCAAUUCGUUGUCAUGUUAAUAUUCUAAACCUGCCUGAAAUUUGUGUUGGUUGAUAGCAUUCUACUUGGCUAGCUAGAGCUAUGCCUCUAGUUGGCCUUUUUCUGCUAGGCUUAUAACUGUGGAAAGAUUACAUUCCUGUGUUCUAAAGCGAAUCCACCAAAUAUCAUUUGGGAACUCCACAGUGAGUUUUUCAAGCACCCAAAGUACACUUUGUCGGUAAUCAUGCAUGUGAUCUUUAAUUGUUGAAGAAAAGAAUAAAGUGAGGACUUAAUUCAUGAAAGUGGACCUUUGCAAACUUGUGAGGGUUGCAUACAGCUAAUGGUUGUUUUGUUUUUGUUUUAGGAGGUGUAAAGAAACCAUCUUACAGGACGACAUUGAAGAUUGCUUGAUCUUGUGUUGACCUGAGAUGAUUAUUUUGUAAAAGACUUUCUAGUGUACAUGACACGAUUGUGUCCAACUGUAUAUAGCUGCCAAUUAGUUUCUUGUUUUUACUUUGUCCUUUGCUAUCUGUGUUAUGACUCAAUGUGGAUUUGUGUUUACACAAAUUUUUGUUUGUAUUAUUCGUGUUAAACCUCAAAUAAAUGCUUCCUUAUGUGAUUGUU